AUGCCUUUCUCGCAUCAUUCCCACAGCGGGCAGUUUUGCGGCCACGCCACAAACACGCUCGAUGAAGUCGUCCAGGCCGCCAUCAACAAGGGCAUGACAACCUUUUGCUUGACCGAGCAUAUUCCGCGCGAACGAAUCGACUUCUACCCGCGGGAAGAAGAGGAGCACACUCCAGAAACGCUCUACAAGCUCUUCGAUGACUACUACCGCGAAGCACGCCGUCUCCAGGCAGUCUACAAAGACCAGAUCGUUCUAUUCAUCGGCUUCGAAGGCGAAUGGAUUCGCCCGUCCAGCCUCACCAUCAUCCACGAUCUGUUGAGUCGAUACGAAGUCGACUUGUUCCUUGGAAGCGUCCAUCACGUCCACACCAUCCCCAUCGAUUACGAUCCGCCCGUGUACCAUCGAGCGAGGGACGUGGGCAACGCUACCGACGAACGCAUCUUCCAGGAUUACUUCGACGCCCAGCUGGCCAUGCUUGAAGCCCUUCAUCCGCCUAUCGUCGCUCAUUUCGACCUGAUCAGACUCUUCAGCGACCAGCCGAAUCAGACGUGGAAGACGUGGCCCAGUGUUUGGGCGAAACUGCUGCGGAAUUUGAGAUUUAUUGCAGACUACGGCGGAGUGCUCGAGCUGAAUUCGAGUAGCUUGAGGAAAGGCAUGACCGAGGCGUAUCCGCAGGUAGAAGUGUGUCAGGAGUUCAAAGCCCUAGGUGGUCGUUUCACCUUGUCCGAUGACAGCCACGGCGUGCCACACGUCGGCUUGAACUACGACAAGGUGCUUGAUUGUGUCAAGCGGGCUGGGAUUGCCGACGUCUGCCACCUGGCUCCUGUCUCGGACACAGUCAAACCGCAUGACUCGCGCUUUCCUAACGUGGGCUGGCAAACCGUCUCGGUGGCAGACCUGGAGAAGCACCCAUUCUGGGCGAAUUGA